AAGGAAAGAGUUGAGGAUACGUACAUCAGAUGGAGAACAGAAAAUGGCAGCAGUGGCAGUGGCACUCCAGAGCAUGACCCUGUUGAGGAGAGAAGUUAUACCCCACCGGUUCAUCCAGACCUGCGGAUAACAGAGAGGAAGUGUCGGGAGUCAUCAGAAGAUGGUGAUUCAUCAGGAUCUCUAUCUUUCACACCCCCAAGACAACCGACCUCUCCAUAUUCUAGAAACAAUGUCAGAGAGAGGAAUGCGCAUCAGAGUUACACAGAAGAUUCUAGAGUACCUUUGUUACCUCAUAGACUGGGAAAUUCAUCUUCCCCUGCCUCGCCCCAGGAUCCUUCGCCCAUUCCUCCUACCUCGUCAGUUUCGGUGUCGCAGAGACCACCUGGCAGCCCACCUAUGUCAAGUUCAAAUUGUAUUCCUCCAAGAUCACCAGGCACCCCUCCCCCUCACAGAUCCCCAGGAACUCCAUCCAGAUCGCCCAGAACAUAUCCAUCCAUACCAUAUUCUUCAUCUAUACAUGCUGAUCCUGCAUCUCCUGCAAGAAGAUGCUCUGACUCUUCACCACCUCCAGUUUCGAGGCCACAGGAGCUUCCCUUCAAGCCCAGCACCCCUUCACGUUCUGUAUCACCCGAGUCUCCUGCAUCACCAAGAUCCCCAGAGUCCCCCCAGUCUCCAAGAUCUCAAGGAACCCCCCCCCUCCCCCAAGAUCACCAGAAACCCCACCACCUCCCCCAAGAACACCUCCUCUUCCUCUCUCAGGUCCUGAGAGUCCACCACCACAAGUGUAUAACGAGACUCCAAUCAGAUUAGAAGAUUGUAAUCUCUUUCACGGUAGCAUAAAAGAAACUGCUGCAAGUUCUGUUGAGAAUCCUCCACCUCCUCCACCAAUGUCUCCUGGAAGUACUCCUCCUCCCCCACCAAUGUCUCCAGAAACACCUCCUCUUCCUCCUAUGUCUCCAGGAACACCACCCCCUCUUCCUUCAUCACCACAGAGCCCUUCUCAUCAGAAUUCCUAUUGUCUGUCUCCUGUUAGAAAUGACAUAUUGACAUUACCAAGGACGUGUUCACCAACUUUACCAAAUGAAUCUCUAGACACCAGUGACAAAUCUAAAUCUAAUCCUGUGUGCUCUUCUAAGGAGAGGCUCUCUGAAGAUAUCAGAGAAAGAGAUACACCAUCACCGCUACCUGACUGUCCCUUGGAAUGUCCAAAAUCUCCUUCACCACAAUUUGGUUCACCUUCAUCAUCACGUUCUCCAUCACCAGCACCUAUCCCUGCCUUAAGAGCCAGGAGUCCACCAGUACCUGUAGCGUCCCUACCCCAGCCACUAAGAAUAUCAUGUCCUAGUCCUUCCCCAUCCUCUGGGGUACCACAGAAGACUGAGGCUUUAUCCCCAAGAGUGCCAAUUCCUGACAUUCUUUCUCCUACUAAUUCUGUAAAAACAGAUAUAAUGUCCCCACCUCAUCGGAGUCCCAGACAAGGGAUUAUGUCACCCACACAUCUUGGUAGACCCAAGAUUGUGUCACCAUCUUCCUCAUCCUCAUGCCCAAAAUCACCAAAAAUCAGAAGCCCGUCUCGAUCUCGUCCAAGAAGUCCAAUGGAUUUGCCAGUUCCAAGAUGGAAGCCUGAUCCUGUAAUUAGACAAAAAAGGUCAUCUGAGUCUAGAGCAUCCAUUUCCUCAAUCUCUUCCAUAUCAUCUCUAUCAGAAGUGAUUGUCCCUGUAACUCCACGACAAAUCACAAUUCCUCCUUCUGCAGAAAAGUUACGGAGGUUUAGUGAAGAGGAGUGCCAUGAUCUACGAGAGAGAUCAGCAAGUGGGGAGGGUCAUGAUACUGCUGAGAGUGGUUUUGACGAGGGAAGUGAUUUAUCUCCCGACCAUAAGCCUGAAGUGACUGUAAAACCAGAGCGUUCUGAUGUAGAUUCACACUCACAGGAAGCUACAGGAAGUGCAGAAACAAAGAAGGAAGAGCCUGAGACUGAAAAGACAUCAGAAAAUGUGCCUAAACCAGAUUUUAAAAGUGAAGUGCUGGAUGAACUGUGUAAGUUUGCAGAAGAGGGCGAUACCACAAUCUACACUGGGCCUCAAGGAAAGCCCAUAAAGGCAGAAGAGGAGCAGGAAAUAAGAGUUAUCAAGGAGGAAGAUCCAAUAUUAUCACCCUCAAAAGGAGAAUCCUAUAUUAAAACUACAACCCUUAGAAAACCUCCAACAUCAUCCAAGAAAACGGAAUCACCAAAGAGCUUAGAUCGAUCAACAACACCAAAGAAGGAAGAACUUGAAUCCUCAGUAAGUUUACCUAGUUUAGGAAGUGUCAAAGAAGAGUCCAUUUGUAUGCCAAAGAAGACAUUAGACUUCAAAGAUAAAGAGGCUAAAGUUGAGAGAAAAUUAUCAACAUCAGGGGAUUCAGUGAAACUUCCAGUAAAUGGGACCAAAGUGACAGAAUUGUUAAAUAAUAAAAGUAAAGUGACAGAAGUUACACAUCCAAAAAGUUGUGUUGAAAAGCACUCUGAAUUGGAAAAGCCAAGAGAAAAAUUUGAAAAGUGCUCAGAACAGUUAGAAAAGAGCAAAAGCUGUGAUACCCCACACAGACACAAGUCGACCUCGUCAACUUCAUCAUCAAGUAGUAAGAAGUACGAAUGUGUCAAAUGCCACAAAAGGAGCAAAAUCAAGAGAUAUAACAUUGGUGUGCAGUGCAGAAGAGACAAAAGUGAUUCAAAGACUUCCUCAACCUCAUCAACAUCAUCUUACACAUCUUCUUCUACACUCAAGCCUGUUUUCCCCAAAGUUGACUUUGGAUCCAAACAUGUAUCUUUGCCCAGGCCACCAUGCACUGGUCAACCAGGUUUGGAAAAGUACAAAUAUGCCCAAUAUAUGCACGUAGAAACGUAUCCUAAUGGAGAUGCAACAGUGGUUCACAUGUAUCAAGAUGAAAUUGAUAGCCUUACCAAGGAAGAACAGGAAGAGUUAGCCGUAGAGUUCUUAGAGGUAGUAUUUGCUGAAGAUGAUGACGGUUAUGCCUAUCAUGUGUGUGGCAUUGUUCACAAUUCAGCAAAAUAUAUGCCAGACCUUCUUGAUUAUAUGGCAGAGAAACAUUCAAGUCUCAUAGUGAAGGCUGGUGUCAUAGGCCACAUUGGACGGAACUCUGACCUGGAAACAUACACAAUGGAAAAAUACAAAGAUGAA